CGUCAGUCGGUGUGUUUCCGUCGUUGCGCGUCAUACGAUCCGUGACUGCACUGUGGAUUUACGUGCGCGUGAUUCCCGUUCGAGUUGAAGAGUAUCUGAAGUUGAACUAUUCGUUUUUCUAUCAACAUUAGCGGCAUGGUCUAAUGCUCUGUACUACGACCAUCAAUACUCUGGAAUAAAUGGCAACAUUCUUCCUGUUAUUUACUGCACUGUUCUGCAUAAUCUCUGAAGGGGCUUUGUUGUCGCGGCACGCACAAGGUCCUGUGUUUCUCCAGGAGCCGCCUCCUUGGGUGGAAUUUUCCAACUCUAGCGGUGCCGUACUGAGCUGCUCCGCUCACGGAAACCCCCCUCCGGACAUCCGCUGGAUAGACACAUCCGACAAGGAAGUAUCGCAUAUUCCUAGAUUAAGAGAGGUGCUGAGCAAUGGGAGUCUCUACUUCCCACCUUUCUCCCAGGAGGAGUUCUCUACUGAUGUUCACGUCAACACGUACCGGUGCACCGCCACCAACUCUGUCGGCUCCAUUGUCUCCAGGGACAGCAAAGUUAGAGCCGGUAAGUGGCAAGUUUACCUGUAUAUCCUGCCUAUUGUCGCAGCACAAUGGCUAUUCAACUCCGAACUUCUCGACGGCCGUAAAUCAACCAUGAAUACGACACCUCCAAUUCUGUAG